GGUUUUAACCUUGUUCGUUUUGUUUUGAUGCUUCAAUCCGCUGAUGAAUAAAAAUUAAACUCCAGCCGUGUUCUUAAGGAUAUAAUUAUGAAAGAUAAGCUGAAGACACAAAUGAAGGACGAUAUAUCAUACCUUAGUGACUCUGGUGAAGAUGAUGAAACCAGUUCAGUUGGAAGCACAUCAAACACCGACAAUACUUCCAGAAGUGCCACACCAACCAACAGGCUCCGAAAAGGCAAAAAGGGCAAGAAGAAAUUGUCACUCAACAAACCAACUAAGUCAAUAUACAAAUACACGUGUUUUAUUAAAGAAGAUCAUGGUCAGCCCCUGUUUGGUGCACAAUUCAAUCAUCAUUUGAAAGAAGGCCAACCAUUAAUAUUUGCUGCAGUUGGCUGCAACAGAGUUUCAAUUUAUGAGUGUCCUGAAGGAAGUGGAAUCAAACUACUACAGUGUUAUGCAGACCCAGAUCUGGAUGAAAACUUUUACACAUGUGCAUGGUCCUAUGAAGAAGAAACAGGAAAACCUCUCCUGGCAGUGGCAGGAGCAAGAGGUAUAGUAAGAAUAUUAAAUCCAGCCACAAUGAUCUGCAUUAGGCACUACAUUGGUCAUGGUCAUGCCAUCAAUGAACUCAAGUUCCACCCAAAAGACCCCAAUUUAUUACUGUCUGUGUCCAAGGACCAUGCCCUAAGACUGUGGAAUAUAAAGACUGAUGUUUGUAUCGCCAUUUUCGGCGGAGUGGAAGGCCAUCGUGAUGAAGUACUAAGCGCCGACUUUGAUCUGUUGGGAAAUCGAAUAAUCUCAUGCGGAAUGGAUCACUCACUGAAACUCUGGCGACUGGAUAAAGACUGCAUGCAUGCUGCCAUUAAACAUUCAUAUCACUGGACACCAAAUCGCAACGCACGCCCCUUCGACUCGCUGAAGGAACAUUUUCCUGACUUCUCAACGCGUGAUAUCCACCGUAACUAUGUCGACUGCGUGUGGUGGUUCGGCGACUUUAUCCUGAGCAAAUCAUGUGAGAAUCGUAUCGUGUGUUGGAAACCUGGUCGAUUAGAGGAUGAAACACUCCGACCGGGCGAUACUACUUCAACUGUUAUCCAUUGCUUUGAAUUCAAAGAGUGUGAAAUUUGGUUUAUACGCUUUGCGAUGGAUUUCUGGCGGAAGAUUCUUGCGUUAGGCAACCAGUCGGGCAAAGUCUUCGUGUGGGAUUUGGAUGUUUCAGACCCAAGCCUCGCUAAGUGUUACACUCUUCAGCAUCCACGAUGUGUCACAGCUAUCCGCCAGACAAGUUUAAGCCGUGAUGCAUCUGUACUUUUAUGCGUUUGCGAUGACGGCACGAUUUGGCGAUGGGAUAAAAUCGCUUGAAUCUUAAUCUACUCCACAACAUUCCGUUUACUUUUAUUAAGUAAGUCUAUAAUUAACUAAUACAUUUAAUUGAGUUACGUCGCGGUGUCUUUCUUGCCUUCGGGAAGCUGCGGGCGUGGAAUCUUUUUUCGCGUUGUUCGGGGCAGGCUUGGACCGGCGAAUGUCGCCUUGGUUUUGUUAUCUGGUAUAUACACUUCGAAUGCUCUUACAUAUUUUAAAAUUUUUGCUACAAAUAAAGACAGAAUCUCAUAUCAGACAAA